CAUUGUAAUGAAAGCUCUUUCAGAACUGUUAAACAAUAUAAUGCGGACAUGUUCGAAGUAAGGUAAGAUGUGCUUUUCAUACUUAAGUCUGGUUACUGUUUCUGAGAGUAUUUUACAUAAGAAUAAAAUCCAGCAAAACAACGAAACUUAUGGAGAACGGUGCAAUAGAAAUAAAAACACAAACAUUCUGAGCUAAAUGGAAUAAGACACACUAUACUUGGGAGUGUCACGAGUGAUUUCCCAUGAACCAAGUUAAUCAAACCGAAUCUGCUAAUACUUUGCAUGGUUCCGUUCUGCAAAAGAUUAUCAUAUACAAGGACUUAUAUAAAUUAAUAUAGAUUAUUGUUAUAUUUUGAACAAUAUUCAGCUUUAAAUGUAUUUCUUAAUGACUAAAAUGUGGAUUUGGGUUAUCAAUUUUGUUACACGCUAAUGAAAGGCAUGCACAUUAUUUUUAGACGCAGUUCUAGCCUGUACGCUUUGAUGCGGAUAAUCCAUUACGUCAGCAAUUGUAACACCAGCAUUAACACGGUCAAUCUCUGGUAUAAGGGGCUGCAGAAAACUAAUGUCGUCAACCGGCUAUUCUCCUAAUGUCUUUAAACAGUUUAGCUAUAGGAGCGGCGUGGCAUGGUCGGGAUCGGCAGCUAUUGGGGCACCUUGUGUUGAAAGGAUUCUUGUGAUUUUUCGGUAAAGAAAUAUGAUUCUCUUCCCUUGGAUCAAGAGGAAAUCUUGGGAAUUUUUAUAAUAAUCGUGAAAUAGUGUUUUUCAUUCCGAAAUAAAGAACUUCCGGAACGUGGUGGACAAAAUCUUAUCAGUUUUAUCGGUUUGCAGACAACAUUUAAACGUCUUUCAAGACUUUUGUUUGUUUUUUGUGUGUGUUUAUCAAUGCACAAAAUGAUAUUUGACCAUUGGAUGGAAAGGGAAACUUCUUUCAUUUCUUUGUGAAGACGAAUCGUAAAUAUUAUUUUGUUAACAAAGGAACUUCCGGUCAAUGGUGUUUCGUCAACAAAGGAACUUCCGGUCAAUGGUGUUUCGUCAACAAAGUAACUUCCGGUCAGUGGUGUUUCUGUCAGAAUGACUUUGAAAGUUUUACUUUAUGGACAUUCCUUUGUGGGAAAUUUAAAAUCUUUCAUCUCAAAUGAGUCAGAUUGUUCAUUUUCACUUAAUCUUGACCCUGCACGUUUCAUGGUGCAGUUUUCUGGAUUUCCGGGAGCAACAAUUGCCACACUGCGAUCAGAGGCCUGUUUAGACCGUAUAAGGGACUUUAAACCUGACAUAGUAAUCUUGCUGAUUGGCACAUGUGAUCUUUAUAAUACAUCGGUAUCAGUUAACAAAUUUUCAGCAGAGAUUUUGGACUUUGUUGAUACGCUUAUCAAAAAAGAACACGUGAAAUACGUAACAUUUCUUCAGGUUAUCCACCGACGCCAGUGGACGGUUAGAGUUAAAUACCCUGUUGAUGUUCAGUGGUUUAAUGCCCGAGUCGACAAGCUCAACCUUCAGCUUCAUCGCAAAUUCCAAUCACGGCCUAAAACUAAAUUUUGGAGAGUAAAGGGAUUUUGGUCGGUCAAUCGAGAAUCGGCCUAUGCAGCAGAUGGCAUACAUUUGUCGCCCCUGGGUAACAGGAAACUGUUCAGCAAUGUCCGGGCAGCGGUGGUGACAGCUUCCAAACAGCUGAAUCAAUAAGAUAUGUGUUGCUUUUUACCUUAUAAAAAAUUGAACAUACAUUUUUAGCUGUUAUUUGUGCAUUUAUAGACAAAAAUGUAAUAUUUUUUAGAGGAAAGGUAAUCAAUAUAAUAUAUAUAUAUUAACAGUAAAGUAAACCCUUGCUAUUCCAGUUGUACAAAAGUAAUGAUGGAUCUACUUUCUUGUUCGAUCUACGGCAAUCACAGCCAUACUUAGUUCUAAUUUGACAGACCCAGGCUAAUUUGUCCGAAAGGCUCAUAAUACUAUUUGUACAACUGCGCUAUCCAGUCCGGUCAUUUUAUUGCUAAUUAUUGUAUCAGCAUUCAUCCGGUUUACUAUGAGUAUGAGUACCUGUAUUUCACAGUCCAGAUCUCGGGGUCUGAUGUCUCCAGACACAUUGUCUGAAGGCCAUAUUUACUGGCAUUUACUGACUAUUGCAUAUCCAGACAAUCAAGUCUGCUGAAGAUGGAACAGAUUUGUAGUAAUUUACAAUGAUUUUUUCAUAAUAAUAUUUAUCUUAUCAGGUAAAGCAAAAAAAAAAAAAAAAAAAAAAUUACAUCCAUCGUUUGCGGACAUGGUUGUCUGAUGCUCCAAACAAUGCAUCAUUGUCUGAAGACCAGUUUUUCUGGUUACAAGUUUUCUGUAGUUAACAAUGUCUUAUCCAGAGAUCAGAUCUGAUGACGUUAUACAUCUUAUAACACAUGUCUAGGCUUUUCGAACCUCACAUUCCAGAUUGGAAAUCUGAUGUCACUUUACACAGUUCUCCAGACAAUCACUGUCUGAUGUUCCAGGUUUAACCCUGAUGCAUAACAACUCUACCUAAAAAUAAACAAUAUAAGUCUACAAACAAGGGAAAUGUCUGUAUCUAUGACAAAAUGUAAAGAAGCAGUCUCAGAAUAGCCAAAUGUACCGGUUUCCUUGUCUUAAUUUUUAGUCUGUGUUUUUUUUUCAGGUGAAGGCAAAAAACAAACACACUCUUAAUAUGGAUCGAGGAAAGAAGACCUCGAAAUACGCCAAAUUGUCGAGGAAAGCAACCGUUCAAACAGACAAUAGCCCGAAUCCAGUGGCAAAGCCAAAACGGAAAAUCUCCGUAAAGUCUAAAGACGCGAAAAAGUCAAAAACAAAACAAACUUUUCCAGCGAAUGAUAAACCUACAUCAACUGUACCGACAAAAGACAAUAAACGAAAACGUCGUGUCCCAAAGCGAUUCCAGGAUGAUGCAGCAGUAACAGUCCCGGGAAAAGACCAGUCAGAGUAUUCCAGUGCAAGUGAGAGUGACAGUGACAGUGAUAGCGAUAGUGAUAGAGAUUCUCUGUUUAAUACAAUCACAGAGCAUACAUCUAUGCUGGCAGGUAAUGGAGGUUUUGGCAAUGGUUUCCAAACACCAGUUUCCACUCCCAUUUCUUCCCAAAUAUGCAAAAAAUUAAAGAAACAGAUAUGGGCUGAUAAAUUUAUAAAUAUGGCCGAUUUGCUCCCUCAAGACUCUUUCGUCCCACCGUCUAACAAUAGACAAUUUAUGCUACAAAUGGACAAUAGGUCUAAUCUGAGCUUCACCCCAUCUGUCCGUCAACGUAAACUUGGCACAAUUGAAGCCUGGACCUCGGCAUUUCUAAGGUUUGUGGCAAUUUAUACUGAGAAAUUUCCAGCUGUUGCACCUGCCCUCAUGAAAUAUGGUGAAAUUAUCAGAGAUUUAGCAUCUCGCCGUCCGGGUCAAGCAUGGCAGCAAUAUGACUCUCAAUUUCGCCAACUCAGGAGUCAUACUCCCGUCCCUUGGGACUCCCUUCAUUUUGAGUACUGGAUGCGUGCCUGUACAGAACCUUCCCCUACUACAUCAGCCAUGGUCACCAACCGUCCCUUUCGGAGUACAGGCCCACAGGGCCCAGCCAAACGCUUUCGUUCUCCCACAACAUUCUCUUCAAAAUUUUGGCCCAACACAUGCUGGACUUAUAACAGAAGGGGAGAAUGUCGUCUCCCGUCCUGUAACAGACCUCACAUCUGUGGUUUCUGUAAACAGCAGCACUACUCAGGCCAAUGCAUCUACGAUAGCAAAGAACAAGCAGCCCAAGCCCUCCUUGGAACACAAGGAAUAUCCAAGUCCUUUGCAGGACAUGGUAAGCAAGCCAGUAAACAAACCAAUAAAUAGAUUACCAACACCAGUUCAAGUCAAACCCCUUGCAUCUCUCCUGUCAGGUUAUUUUGACAAACAAUAUUUAAUCACCGGUUUCACCUCGGGUUUUUCGUUAGCUUACCUAGGCGACCGCGCAGCCGCUAAUUCAAAAAAUUUAAAAUCUUGAAAUGAACUGCCGGCCAUUGUUCAGUCAAAACUAGAAAAAGAAUUGAAACACGGAAGAAUAGCUGGCCCUUUCAAAGCACGUCCUUUUCCACAUUUGAAGGUUAGCCCUAUCGGCUUAGUAAGCAAGAAAGUUCCAGGGCAGUACCGUCUUAUUCACCAUUUAAGUUAUCCUGAAGGCUCAUCUGUUAAUGACGGCAUUGACCCAGAUAUGGCUACAGUUUCAUAUACAACUUUUGACGAUGCUGUUCAAUUGCUGUUAACAUUAGGCCGGGGGGCAUAUCUUAGUAAGACAGAUAUAGCGGAUGCAUCCGGAUGACUACAGCCUACUUGGUUUCCAGUUUCUCGGGGACUUCUAUUACGACAAGUGCCUUCCAAUGGGGGCUUCCAGCAGCUGUGCAAUUUUCGAACGUUUUAGUACAAGUUUAGAAUGGAUUGCGAAACAUGUACUUCGAAUCCCCCAUAUCAUUCACAUUCUAGAUGAUUUCCUGAUAAUGGGUUCUCCACACUCAAACCGUUGCAACGUCCAUCUAAAUAGCUUUGUAUCUAUGUGUACCUCUAUUGGAGUCCCAAUCAAAAAGGAAAAAAACUGAAUCCCCAAACACAACCAUGACCUUUAUGGGUCUUGAGUUGGAUUCCUUACAAAUGCAAGCUAGGUUACCUUCUGAUAAGCUGUCCAACCUAAGAGAAAUGUUACACCAUAUGUCUCAGCGUAGAAAAAUUACUCUCAAAGAUCUUCAGAGCCUCCUUGGGCUUCUAAAUUUUUGUUGCAGUGUAGUUGUUCCAGGUCGGUCAUUUAUGCGUAGGCUAACUGAUCUUACAAAGGGAGGCAAAAAACCACAUCACUACAUAACACUCAAUAGGGAGAGUAGGAAAGACAUUCAAGCAUGGCAGUUUUUUGUUGAACAUUUUAAUGGGAAAAGUUUGCUAUUGGAUGGCAAAUGGUUAACAGACAAACAGCUCCAUUUAUUCACAGAUGCCUCUGGUUCGAUCGGCUACGGUGCCAUCUUUCAGCACCAUUGGUUUUUCGGGGAAUGGCCUGAACCCCCUGCAGGCUCACAAUAUUACUUUUAAGGAACUUUUCCCAAUCAUUAUUGCAUUGGAAAAAUGGGGGUCAAAUUUCAGCAAUAAAUGUCUUAUUUUGCAUUCAGACAAUCAGGCAGUAGUCCACAUUCUUAACAAACAGACAUCUAAGGAUCCAUCCCUAAUGCAUCUUGUCCGGAAGUUCGUCCUUUUAUGCAUGAGAUUCAAUAUUCUUGUCAAGGCAGAACAUAUUGCUGGGAAACUCAAUAACCUUCCUGAUUUCUUGUCACGUUUACAGAUCGAACAGUUCAAGAUGUCAGCGCCACACAUGGAUCCAAAUCCAACAGACGUUCAAAGCAUAGUUCUAGAUAUCAGUUAAAUAAAAGUGUUCUGGAUCUUCUGAAUCAGUCCCUGUCCAAGGCUACCAGACAAUCAUACAAACAAGCCUACAAACAUUAUCUACAGUUUGCUUCCCAAUUUUACCCUUGUGAAGUGGUUUUCCCUAUAACUGUUAAUAGUUAGCCCAGUACUUAGCAAAUUGUUAUGUUCAAGGCUUGAGUUAUUCGACAAUCCGCACACGGCUUUCAGGUCUGUCGUACUUUCACAGCAUAUGGUCACUAACAAACCCAGCAAACAAUUUUGUCAUUCUCAAACUUAUGUACGCAAUCAGGAUCAAGGUCACUCAACCGGACCAGAGAAAGCCGAUCACCAUUAAAAUUUUACAGGAAUUAAUCCUUGCACUUGACUCCCUUUGUCAGUCGUCGUAUGACAAACAUCUGUAUAAAGCACUAUAUUUGGUCUCAUUUUUCGGUUUGUUUCGAAUUGGAGAAGUUUCUAUUACCAAAACCGGUAAGGGUAAUGUAAUUUCCAACAAAAUUUAUGUUUUUACAGAAAGAAACAGAACAUAACAAGAGUUUCAAUAACAAUGAAUAGAUAUAAACACUCUAAAGGUCAAAGAGCGAUUGUCAAUCUGGAAAAGUAUUCGGUUAAAUCACUGUGUCCGGUUGUUGCUUUAGAACGAUUUCUGCUGCGAAGACCUGAAACAUCAGGUCCUUGUUUUGUUCUUCAAGAUGGUCGACCUCUCUAUAGUGCAACCGUAAGGUCUUUUCUCCGGAAAUGUAUUUCUUAUAUUGGUCUGAAUCCUCAAGAAUACACUCCACAUUCCUUCCGUAUUGGAGGUGCUACUCACGCAUACAAUCUGCAAGUCACCCAACACCAACUGCAAGCACUUGGUCGCUGGAAAUCCAGUGCAUGUAAGAAAUAUAUCCGUCCUUCAACUUAAGGCUUAGACUUUGUACCUGCACAUUUCAGUUGCCAACUGCCUCCAUUGCCUGUUAAAGUAACAAUCCUAUAUGAUCUCAAGGCUAAGUGUACCUGACUGGCUUAGGCAGCAGGUAUUAGUCCGUACUGUAAAAAAUUAUGUUUUUAUACCUGACUGGCUUAGGCAGCAGGAUUGGUUCAGAACUGACUGGAUAUUGUGUUUGUGCACCUGACUGGCUUAGGCAGCAGGUAUAUAUAUAUAUAUAUUUUUUUUUUUUAACUGCCAGAAACGAUGUUUGUGUACCUGUCUGGCUUAGGCAGCAGGUAAUGUUCAUAACUAACUGAUAUUAUGCUGUGUACCUCACUACCUGACUGACUUAGGCAGCAGGCAAUUUUCAUAACUGAUUGAUUUUAUGUUUGUAUACCUGACAUGCUUAAGAGCAGGAUUUAUUCAGAGCUGACUGAUAUUAUUUUUAUGUACCUGUCUGGUUUAGACAGCAGAAAUAUUCAUAAUUGUCUUAGAUUAAUUUUGUGCACCUGACUGGCUUAGGCAGCAGGCUUAAUUCAGAACUAAUUGAUAUUAUGUUUGCGUACCUGACUGGCUUAGGCAGCAGGCAAUAUUCAUAACUGUCAUAUUAUGUUUGUGUAACUGGCGGGCUUAAACAGCAGGCCUUAUUUCGAACUGUUUACUGGCAUAUGAUUGUGUUCUUUACACUCUUAGGCAACAAUUUUAUUCAAAAUGACUGAAAUUACA